CGCUGAAUUUGAUCAAGAUUGAAAAGAGUAUACUAAGGGUUAAGAGAGGCAUUCGUCAGUCGAAGGUGAGGAGCAUCCUAGUUUAUCAGCUAAACCUGCCGAACGUUCUAAGGCUCCACCACUCUGCUCGGAGACAAGCAAAUAGAUUCCUUCCGAACCGUUCGAAAAAUACGGUGCUCACAUUCAGUCUGCUCUGGACAUUUUAUUCGGUCAAUUAAUCGCAAUCGCGAGGAUGGGGUCAAGAAAACGAGGCAUCGAUCAGCUUUUUUCUCAAAAGGGAGGCGGCUUGACUACAGGAGGUUCCUUCCGAAUUCGAUUAGUGAAAGGUCCCAACGGCACGAUCCAUGCCGACCCUGUAGAUCCGAGGGCUCCGCUCGAGUCUUUUCCACUGGUAGCGAAAUUUUCCGAGUCCGUGGUCAAACCAAACUUUCAAAAAAUACCUUGGAAAGACGGUCGGCUCUACCAACAGGAUGUACCGAAACCAGCAGCGGAUUCCGAUGAGGAAGAGGUAGAGCAACCGAAAAAGCGAUGGAAGUACAAUCGGCGACGUCAGGAUGCACCCAGGCGACAAUGGAUUCUGCAGGAGCAGGUAGAUUUUCUCGAAACCAUGGUAGCUCGACGAGAAAAGCGAGCAAUGGAUUCAAAAAAACUGUCCAGUCGUUACGAGGGGUUACCGGAACAUAAUCCAUCGCACUACGUCUUACUAUCACAGUCCUUAUACGACGAUGAGAUCAUCCAAGUACAAAAUGUACCAGCACCAAACGGUACGAUCGCUUUCGCGCAACCAGCUUCCCGAAAGACAUACAGCCUCGCCGAAGCUGAACAAGUGAUUGAGGAUCAACGUGCCGGUGUCAAAGUGAAAACUAUGCAUGGACACAAUGAAGAAUCCAACGGAGGUGGAACAUUGCGUUUUGUACCCAAGAGCAAAGAUAGUAGCAAGUCACGUUUGCUGAACAAGCUUACAGCCCGGGCAAAAGUAGACGCUGAUGAUGAAGCGGACGAUGUCAUGGGCGACGUUACGUAUAAACAUCGCAAAGGCUCAGGUGGAGGUAGCAAAGCACGCAAGGAACUUUUCAAUCAUCUCGGUGAUGGGGUCAAAGUGAGCGACGAUGGUGUUUUGGGUGGGACAAAUGAUGGCGUAUUCGGCGGUCGGCAACGAUUUGGACAAUUUCAUGCCGAAGCCAAGAAAGCGGCAUCCACGGAAGGAGGCGAUGGUAACGAAGAAAAGGGAGCCGAUGGACUGGCCAUGGCGGACGACUUUUACCAGCGCGACGUCCAAGCAGAAUACGAAGAACUGGAUUACGAUGCCAACGAACAGUUUGACGACGACGACGUGGAUCUUGGAGAAGGUGAAAUGCAUGUGGACGGUGGAGGAUACGGAGAGGAGGACGAAGACCAGGAUUUAAGUGAUUUGGAACUUGAGGAAGAAGUAGUCGGAGGGGCUGAAGGUUUGGCCACUGCUGCUGGUUUUAAAAUGCUACUAGCCAAGGCCCGUGGCGAGCUUUCAGCGCAACCAGCUGCGGCCGAUGAUUCCGAUACGACCAGUGCCAUCAGUGAUAGGCCCAAAAAAGACGACAACGCCAGAGGCUCCCCAGUGUCCAAAAGUGAAGCGGACAAGCCAGAUGAAGACGAUUACAUUGUCGCAAUUAAGGCUGCAGCAGAGAAGUCUCGUAUUGCGGCUACUGAAAAAGCGAAAGCGCAGACAGCCGCAGCCGCGACCGUGGCUGUCAAACCUAUGGAGACCGCUUCGGCAAUUGAGACGGACGAAAAUGGGCUUCGACUGAUCACUUUGGAGGCCGUCCGUCGGGAAAUUUGGCUAAAUCAUGGACAAAUCCCAAUCAAACGGCUUAUGAAGAUUUUUGACGUCAAGAAGAAGUCGGCUGCAGAUCGGCAAAACAAGUUCCGCGAGGUUGUCAAAGAAUUGUGUAUUAUGAAAAGCGAUCCAGUCGGAGGUCGUCUGUUGGUUCUUAAGCAGCACUACUCCAACAUGUGAUGGCUUCUUAAGACAAGCGCUGUGAAAUCGUUCCCAGCUAUCAAUACAGAUUUUAACAUGUUAAUUAGUGGUUUCAUGUC